AUGGCGCGCUUCUUGGACGCCGGAGAGGAGCGAGAAGAGUUCUUUGACUCGAGGGAGGUCCUGUCGCCGGCGUCCGUCUCGUCGUCGCCGUCGAGUUCCGGCCGCCACGACGACGGCGGGUGGCUCUUCGCCCAGCAGCUGCUCGAGGUCUGGGUCAGGGACCCGGGCAGCGUCCACGAGCGCCGCCAGAGGUUCGUCAAGUCCUUGGGCCUCUUGGAUCCGAGCCCCUACGCUGCGCGGCCCGGCGAGGAGACGUGCUCGAAGCCUGAGGCCAGCGAAGAAAUCCAACCGGCAAGCCCCAGCGCCGAGUUGUUCUCUGCCGCCCCUACCUUUGCGAGUAGGGGAGGGGAGCCGACAGCCUCCGGCGACGACGGCGCUGCCACGGAAGAGAUGUUGGAGUGCAUGUUCAAGAACCUGGACGAUGGCACAGUGUUCGUGGUCGACGAGAUGGGAAAGGAUGGGAGCUUCCGGAGCCUUAGGGAGAGGCGCUCCAACCGGACAGUAACAGCUGCAGAAUUCGAGCAGACCUUUGGCUCAUCACCUUUCAUCCGUGAGCUGAUGCGGAGGGUGGACGACUCCGACGAACCCUCCACCCUGGAGAAGACUGUGAUGAGGAGAAGGAGGCGGCGGCGGCGACGGCUUGGGUGGCUACGAAGGUUGGGCAUUGGUGUUUGUGUUGUCGAUGCCGACGCAGAGGAAGACGAUGAGGUCAAUUCGACAUCCUCCGCUUCUUCCCGGAGUUGCUCUAGGAAGGUUGAUAGGGUCAAGGUGAGACCAUACAAGAAGCGGUCAAAGGAAUUAUCUGCAGUGUACAAGGGCCAAGUCAUCAAGGCACAUGAAGGUGCUAUUGUGACCAUGAAGUUCAGCUCUGAUGGCCAGUUUCUGGCUACUGGAGGUGACGAUGGGGUUGUUCGCGUUUGGCGGGUGGUGGAAGGCAAGAGGCCUGAUGACCGUGAUUUUAUUGAGGAUGAUCCUUCAUGUGUGUUCUUCACUGUCAAUGAAAACUCUGAAUUGGCUCCCAUCAAUUCGUGCGAAGGGGUUAAGGGCAAGCACAGCAAGAGUUCAAAGGGGGCCACAGAUCCAGCUUGUGUUGUGAUUCCUCACCGGACCUUUGCGAUAUCCGAGGAUCCUGUGCAUGAAUUCCGUGGGCAUCAUGAUGUCAUCUUGGAUCUUUCAUGGUCAAAAAAUAGGGAAUUGCUUUCUGCGUCCAUGGACAAAACUGUUCGAUUAUGGAAGAUUGGGUGUGAUAGCUGUCUGAAGGUUUUCUCCCAUAAUAACUAUGUGACAUGCAUUCAGUUUAAACCUACCAAUGACAAUUAUUUCAUCAGUGGUUGCAUUGAUGGGAUGGUACGUAUUUGGGAUGUUCCUAGAUGCCUAGUCGUGGACUGGGUUGACAGCAAAGAGAUAAUUACUGCAGUUUGUUACCGUCCUGAUGGAAAGGGUGCAGUGGUUGGGACAAUAACAGGAAACUGCCGUUACUAUGACGCAUCAGAAAACCAUCUAGAGCUGGAGUCCCAAGUCCCCCUGUAUGGCAGAAAGAAAUCUCCACUUAAAAGAAUAAUUGGAUUCCAGUAUUGCCCAUCUGAUCCAAAGAAACUGAUGGUGACAUCUGGUGACUCACAAGUUCGCAUUCUCGAUGGGGUUCAUGUCGUUUCCAGCUACAAAGGAUUACGAAGUUCAAGUCAAGUCCCUGCAGCAUUUACACCAGAUGGAGAUCACAUUAUUUCUGCUAGCGACGACUCUAGUAUCUAUAUGUGGAAUUAUGCAAACCAAAUUGCCCCAGUCACAAGCCGUGAGAAAACCGUAUGGUCAUAUGAGCGCUUCUUCUGCAAUGAUGUGUCUGUUGCAAUACCAUGGAACGCCUCACCUGCAAAGAGUUCUAUAUCUCUUGCUUGCAACAUCCCUUCUUCACGGCAAGAGGUCUCUGAGGAGUUUCACAACCUGCAAGACUCUAUGUCAUGCGGCAAUGCUGAAGACUCACUUGAAGGUGAUAGCUUGUACCAAUUGCCAUCUGGCAAUUUCACUCUUAGUAAUGCAUUCUUUGCGGAGUUGGCACCAAGGGGAAAAGCGACAUGGCCAGAAGAGCAGUUGCCAUCUAAUUCAGUGACACCAUCAUCAUCUGCUUUGCGUAAAUCUCAGUAUAAGUUCCUGAAGACUUCUUGCCAGAGUGCCGCCACGCAUGCUUGGGGUCAGGUCAUAGUCACUGCAGGUUGGGAUGGAAACAUCAGGUCAUUCCAGAAUUAUGGUUUACCUAUGCAAGUGUGA